AUGGUCAAGACUACCUAUGCUCUCACACUCUUUACAGCUGUGAGUUUAGCUGCACCGGUUUACCAGGCUGGCAGUGGAAACUUCAUCGGCGCUGGUACCGAAGGUGGCGCGGUGAAUGAUGUGGUGAAGGGUCUCCUCAAGGAGUUGACUCCUCGUGGAGAAAGCGAGAAGUCCAGCGGACAUGGCAAUCUUAUUGAUGAGUUGCCUAUUGUUGGACAGCUCUUUGGCAAUAGUGCCAAACAGUCGCGUUCGAUCACGGGUACUCUUUCUCAUAUCCCGCUCCUUGAUGAACUGCUUGGUGGAGACCAAGCUCACCCAGCAAACACCCCGAACAAGGAGGCUCGCUCCCACUUGCCCUUCGGAAACGAGGGUCAGAACUAUGGUCAAAACCAUGGUCAAAACUACGGACAGAAUUAUGAACAGAACCACGGACAGAACUAUGGACAAAACGCUGGACAGAACUAUGGACAAAACGCUGGACAGAACUAUGGUCAGAACGCUGGUCAAAACCGCGGACAGAACAAGGGCCAGAACUACCUGCAAAACUACGGCCAGAACCACGGCCAAAAUGAGGGCCAGAACUACGGUCAGAACCACCGCCGUAGCAUGAACACAUUUGGCCCUCUCGGCGAAAGUAGCCUGGCUCAGACUAUCCCAGAAACCGCCACAGACAGCUCCGCUGCUGGCUUCCGUGCCGGCCUGGAGACCGCUGAGAGUCUUAUCUCAUUUCCGGUAGCUGGCCGUGGUAUGAGCGAGGAGACUCCGGAGAUCAAGUCCGAUGGCCCUAACGCAUUCAACAACGCCAACGCUGCAAGCAAUGCACCGGACCCAAAAAAAUCCAACAAGCCUAACAAGCCUGCCAAAGCCAACCCCCUCGCUGAACUAGCCAGUGAAAGCGGCCUCGGUGCGCUCUUUGGUAACGCCCACCACGGUGUCGGACUUCUUCCCAUGAACGGACGACGUGAUACCACGCUCGAGGCCCGCGGCGGUGCCCCCAUCCAAGGCUCUACUCUGACCGACGUUCUGCUCUCAAGCGGUCCUCUUGGAAAGCUUACCCACACUCUUUCUCCUCAGAGUCCUAAUCUUGGUCAGAGUGACUCCCCUCAGAUGGGUGAUGGUAGCUUUGGGGCUGCUCCUGGUCAACCAGGUUCUCCUGCUGGAUCUGCUGCUGCUGGGCCUCAUGAUGGGCCUGGUUAUGUUGCCCUGCAUCAGAAGCAUCACUAG